UCCUCAAGUGAAGAUAAAGCCCAAGCGCUCGUCCAAGGCUAUGGAGAGUAAACCACCUAGUCAACAAAAACCAUCCUUACAACGUGAUCCUUGUUAUUGGGAACAUGUUAACAAUAGCCUCAAGCCAACACCUAACAAAGUCUCUUGUCCUCGAAGCAAGAAGUCUAAGAAGAGCAAGCAGUCCUCCACCAACAUAUACUUGGAUGAUUUGCCAUCUUUCUUCCAUCAAUAUAUAGAAAAAGUCAUAGAUGUUAUUGCAGAUGGUAAUUGUGGUUAUAGAUCAGUUGCUGCAUUGUUCAGACCCGACAUAGGUCAAGACGGUUGGCCUUUGAUUAGGGAAGAGUUGCUUGUAGAACUCUCAGAGAAUACCGCUUACUAUAGCAACAUAUUUGGUUAUGAGAGGGUUCAGUCUCUACAAAAUCGUCUCAUCCUUCCGAUUGGUACAAUUGCAACGGAAGACAAGUGGAUGUCUCUACCGGAGAUGGGGUACCUCAUUGCUACGAGGUUGCAAGUUGUCUUCAUCUCCAUUUCACUAAAAGGUUGUUACACUUAUCUGCCAUUGAGAGGAGGCGCCCCACCGGAAGUACAUCCCGUUAUAGCAGUUGGUCACGUCACCAACCACUUUGUUCAGCUCAAGCUUAAGCCGGGACAUCCUAUGCCAACAAUAGCUCCCCAAUGGCCGUUUUUGGCCAAAGAACCCACCGACCAAUGGAUCUUCCCGUAUGCGGCGCGUUUGGCUACAUUUACGGCAGAAUUGAAUGCUUGGAUUGAUCCUACGGGUGGUCCUCAAGAGAAUGUCUUUAUAGACCUUGGAGAAGAUUGAGACUAGGAUUGAU